ACACAAACAUUGAUAAGAUCAGUAGCUGAAGAGUGUGUACUCUUCCGUGGAUUAGUCAUGGAUAUUCCGGGGAUACCACGUAAAUUGGAUUGUUUGUUUUUCUGUUAAGUGAUCGUUUAGGAUUAUCAAACAUGGUAUCAGAGCUACCGGGAAUCGAUUCAGAACGGUCUCUAGUUCGUCUCACUUCAAUGAACUAUGCCCUGUGGGAAUUUCAGUUCAGAGUUUAUGUUGAAGGAAAGAGUCUUCUUGGUGUACUUGAUGAAACCACUACCAAACUGACCAAACCUGCCCCAGCUCAGAAAAUAGCUACUUAGAAUCAGAACGAUGCACGAGUGCAUUCUUGGUUGCUUGGAUUGGUGGAUUCUUCUACCUGUUUAAGCCUGCGAAUUUUUCCUACGGCCAAUCAGACGUGGAGACAUUUGUCUACCACUUAUUCAACAGUCAAUGCGGCUCGACAAUUCGAGCUUCAAUUUGCUCUCGUAAGAUUGCAACGAGGGGAUCACACCAUCACAGAAUUCUUCAAUGUCGCCCAGGAAUUGUGGACAGAACAUGACCUCUUGAAUGUUGCCCUUUGUCCGACUGCUGCACCCUCUACCGAUGCCCUGGCCGAACGACAAAAAACGCGAAUGAUGGAGUUCUUGAUGCGGCUUCGGCCGGAGUUCGAAGUCGUUCGAUCGACGCUGCUCAAUAAGGAAGAAUUAAGUUUCGAUGGAAUUCUUUGCAGCUGGUCCGGGAAGAGAUUCAUCCCCAAACACAAGCUCAGCUUGACCUUCGUCCUGGUGAAGGUGAAACAAUUCUGCCUGCCUCCGUUCAGGAUCCGGCUGCUUUUGCGGUCGGCAAGCCUCUAUUUCAGUGGAAUUCCCAGCCCUCACUCACGGAUGUUGAAUGUCAUCUUUGUCACGAAUGCGACAACCUUCAGAAGCACUGUCGUCGCCGGAAUUAUUGUGUGUACUGCAAAAAACCCGGUCAUAUAGUUCUUGACUGUCGAACACGCUUGAGACAUGAGGCCAAGGCUGCCGACAGCGGAGGCUCUCUGUCUGGAUCAUCUGGUGCGUUCUCUUAUGAGAGAAGGGCGAGUGAAACUGGGCCCCGUUCUUAUGGGCCGCGUCCUUAUGGGCCCUCAACUGAUCAUACGGUCUAUUCUGUCCAGCCAGCAGAUCAAGGAAGCAGCAACGCUAGGCCUGGGGUUCUGACCUCUUCAAUUGAACAACUGGUAAAUGUUGCACUUUAGAAGGCUUUACCCACCGCGAUUAGUACAGCCUUUGCCACCAUUCAUGGAUAUGGUAAGAAUUCUCCGUGGCUCAUUGAUUCCACUUGUUUCAAUCAUAUGACACAUGAUUCACGUGCUUUAACAAAUUUGAUUCAUGUGCAUGAUGUGUCAUUAAGUGUGGCAAGUGGAAAUAAAUUACAAGUGAGUGGAAUAGGGACAAUGAAAGAUUCUAAAAUUG